AUGGCUCAAAUCGGCAAUACAAGUCAAAUAUUAGUAGAUACUACAAAUGUUUUUACAACUGGUCAAAAAUUUGCUACACCGGAUGUUGUUCUCACAUGGGCUCGAGAUGUUGGAGAUGCCAACAAAGUCAGUAUUAUCAUUACUCGGUCAGAUAAAAAGAACGGAAUAAGAGGUAGAAAUGACAAGUUGGUUUUAGGUUGUGAUAAAGGUGGAAAGUAUGACUCUUCAGAAAGUUCCACGACAACUGCAUCGAAAAAAUGUAACUGUCCAUUUAAAAUUAGAGCUGCACCUUCAACAGAUGAUGAAAACAAACGUGUUCAAGAUUUGACAAAGCGUAAAGUAGCACCAAGACACAUUGUUUUAGAUUUGAAAGAUCAAAAUCCAGAGUCUGUUGUUGAUGCCACACUUGUAUAUAGGAAAAGACACAUGAUGCAAAUACAGGAAAGAGGCUCCAGAACAGAGCUGCAACACUUGCUGCAGUUGUUAGAUGAUGCAAAAUAUGUCAGCUGUAAUAGAAGAAAAGAUGAUGACUCCGAUGUUUUGAGUGAUAUUUUUUGGGCGCAUCCAGAUUCAAUCAAGUUGUUGAACUUGUUUCCCAUUGUUUUGGUUAUGGACUGCACAUACAAAACUAACAAAUAUAGACAGCCACUGCUUGAAAUUACUGGCAUAACGUCAACUAACAUGACAUUUGCUGUUGGAUUUGCUUACAUGGAAUCUGAGAAGACGAACAAUUAUCAUUGGGCGUUAGGUAAGUUGAAGGAAUUGAUUACUAAGUAA